UACACAAUAAAUAUAUCUCAUCUUCUUCAUCUCCCUCAAAACACACACACACAAACACACAGUCACCAUUGUAGGUGAAAUAAUGGUUACAGCAAAAGCAGAGUCGAUGAAGAAGAAGAAGGAAGAGAUGGUUCAUUCUCCAAUUCUCACAUACUUGUCUGUCAUCACUCUUCUCUCCACCUGUCCUCCUUUUGUCAUCCUCCUAUGGUAUACAAUGGUACACCAAGAUGGUUCUAUACUAAACACAUUCAAUUAUCUAAAGGAGCAUGGCGUUGUUGAGGGGUUUGUUAACAUAUGGCCUAGACCUACCGCUGUUGCAUGGAAGAUCAUUGCUUGUUAUGCACUUUUCGAAGCUGCACUCCAGCUCUGGUUACCUGGGAAAACAGUUGAGGGCCCGAUAUCUCCCACUGGCAAUAAGCCCGUCUAUAAGGCUAAUGGCGUGUUAGCGUAUGUGGUGACACUGGUUACAUAUAUUAGCCUUUGGUGGUUUGGGAUAUUUAAUCCAUCGGUUGUUUAUGAUCAUUUGGGAGAAAUAUAUUCAGCACUCAUUUUCGGAAGUUUAGUGUUUUGUGUAUUCUUAUACAUAAAGGGGCAUGUGGCACCUUCUUCCACUGAUUCUGGUUCAUCAGGAAACAUAAUAUUCGAUUUCUAUUGGGGCAUGGAACUGUAUCCUCGAAUUGGCAAGAACUUUGAUAUCAAAGUUUUCACAAACUGUAGAUUUGGGAUGAUGUCAUGGGCUGUUCUUGCUGUCACCUAUUGCAUAAAGCAGUAUGAAACAAACGGCAAAGUAGCAGACUCCAUGCUUGUAAAUACCGUGUUGAUGUUGGUUUACGUUACAAAAUUCUUUUGGUGGGAAGCUGGGUACUGGAACACAAUGGAUAUUGCACAUGAUCGAGCUGGUUUUUAUAUCUGUUGGGGAUGUUUGGUUUGGGUUCCUUCUAUAUAUACUUCCCCUGGCAUGUACCUCGUCAACCAUCCUGUUAAUCUCGGACCGCAGCUGGCAGUAUCCAUCCUAAUAGCAGGCAUUCUGUGCAUAUACAUCAAUUAUGACUGUGACCGACAACGGCAAGAAUUCCGUAGAACAAAUGGGAAGUCACUGGUUUGGGGGAAAGCUCCAAGCAAGAUAGUUGCCUCAUACACUACCACCAAAGGGGAGACUAAGACCAGCCUUCUCCUGACUUCAGGGUGGUGGGGUCUUUCUCGCCAUUUCCACUAUGUACCUGAAAUUAUGGCGGCGUUUUUCUGGACGGUACCUGCUCUUUUUGAUAAUUUUCUUCCGUACUUCUAUGUCGUGUUCCUUACAAUCCUACUGUUUGAUCGAGCUAAAAGAGACGAUGACAGAUGUCGUUCAAAGUACGGAAAAUACUGGAAGACGUAUUGCGCCAAGGUUCCAUAUAGGAUCAUACCGGGGAUUUACUAAGAUGGAGUUGUGUUGUUGGCAUGUUUUUGUAAUAGUAUGACUUUAGAUCUUGUAUUAGCAUGUUUAUUUAAACCUCUUUAAAUAAUGAAAUAUAAGUAGUUUAAACAUAAA